CACCACAUCAAGUCAACAUAACAGUCAUGGCAGUCACCAAAGGCGAAGAAGUGGGCGAGUCUUCCACAGCUGCGGCGAAGAAAGCGCUCAAGCCAAAUCCCAAUGGAGUCGCGAACUAUGAAUUACCAUGGGUUGAGAAAUACCGUCCGGUCUUCCUGGACGAUAUUGUGGGCAACACAGAAACAAUUGAACGACUAAAGAUUAUUGCGAGAGAAGGGAAUAUGCCACAUGUCAUUAUCUCUGGUAUGCCGGGCAUUGGAAAGACUACAUCUGUUCUAUGUCUUGCGAGGCAACUGCUGGGAGAUGCAUAUAAAGAGGCUGUCUUGGAACUGAAUGCUAGUGACGAGAGAGGUAUCGACGUAGUACGGAAUAGAAUCAAAGGUUUCGCUCAGAAGAAAGUUACACUUCCACGAGGCCGACAAAAACUCGUUAUUCUCGACGAAGCAGACAGUAUGACUUCAGGCGCGCAGCAAGCACUUCGACGAACGAUGGAAAUAUACUCUUCUACAACUCGAUUUGCCUUCGCAUGCAAUCAGUCGAAUAAAAUUAUCGAGCCUCUGCAAUCCAGGUGUGCAAUCCUCAGAUACUCGCGGUUAACGGAUGCACAAAUUGUGAAGAGGUUAUUGCAGAUUAUCGAGGCAGAGAAAGUCGAAUACAGUGACGAUGGACUGGCUGCCUUGGUCUUCAGUGCAGAGGGAGACAUGCGACAGGCCAUCAACAACUUGCAGUCCACUUGGGCUGGGUUUGGUUUCGUUAGUGGAGACAAUGUGUUUAAAGUUGUCGACUCUCCUCAUCCAAUCAAAGUCCAAGCAAUGAUCAAGGCGUGCUAUGAGGGUAAAGUGGAAGCAGCAUUAGAGACGUUGAAAGAGUUGUGGGAUCUAGGAUACUCAAGUCACGACAUAAUCAGCACAAUGUUCCGAGUCACUAAGACCAUACCGACAUUGAGCGAGCAUUCGAAGCUAGAGUUCAUCAAGGAGAUUGGGUUCACGCAUAUGAAGAUCCUGGAAGGAGUCCAGACCUUGCUCCAACUCAGUGGAUGUGUGGCAAGAUUAGCGAAACUGAAUAUGGAUCCGAAGCUUUUCAUUGUAAAGAAAUGAUAGUAUGAAGGAAGCAUGGCUGGCGUUCAAGGAAAUUUGUAAGGAGGGUUGAUUGGCGUACACAACCAGAUCUUUGCAAAGAUUGGGACUCAUGAGUUUAUGAACUGAUAUCAUACAAUCGUAUUCUCGUACUGUACAGCAGCCUUCUUAUGAAGACUUGGAGUUAGACGAUUCCUCAAACUCCUUUUCAUAACUUUCCCAUGUGGCUCUAUCACGCAAUAUGCGUCUCUGCAUCCUCAUUUUGGCUUCAUACUCUCUGAUUCUAU